GCCAUCCUGCUUGGCACCCCCCCCCCGGCUCUCCGAUAGUUGGUGACCCACCGCUUAUCUGGAAUAAAAAGGUACAGAGAAAAUAUUAUUCCGGGUAUUUCGUCACGCAACCCCCUGACGGGUGGUUUGUAUAAAGUGGGAUGGCGCCCUCAGGUUGGAAUUGUUUUUCCAACGGUGGCAUCAAACUUUCAAGCGAGCAAAAGAGGAGAAGCAAGAUGACAUCUUCGGUUGAUCCCACAAGAGCCAUAACGGAGGAGGAGCCUUGUGAGUUUUUUUCUCGCCCUCUUCCCCUUCUACCAUCCUGGAAGCUCGAUUGGGAAUGAGGAAUUUUCUAACAUUCUUCAAGUCCAGGUUAAUCAGUCGAAACAGACGAGUAACCUUCGCGCGACUCAAUUUAAGGACCAGUACGGGAACCCCAUAGGUGCGUUCUCCCCAAUUCCCCGCUAACAUAGCUCCUCGCUGUUUGUCUCACCUCGCGGUCGCGGUGCUGACGUUGCCUCGCGAAGCAGCUGAACCGGAUCUGAGCAACCCGACCAGAAACCGUUGGGAGCGACCGCUUGAUACAAUUCGUGCCUUUGAAGACGCCAUUUACAAGGAGCACCGACGUACGUCUUCCCACGGGGGAAACCCGAUGCUGCCAUUCUCAAGGCUGCGAUGGGGCACCCUGCUAACUUCUCUUGUCUUGUUAGGCGACCGGGGCACGGACCGGAGGAGCGGCCCUUCGUCAGAGGCUGGGCAUACCGCGGAUAAUCAGCAACGUGAGUCCGUUCCCCUUCCUCCCUAGCUGGGUCCUGGACUGAGAUUUCACCCAGAGAACCACUAUGACUUCCACACUCGGAGCAAUACCAAUACUCCGCGAAACCCUCACUAUGACGUAUACUCCGGGCGUUCUGCAACACCUCGGUCGGGAAUGGAUGGGUAUAUCGCACAUCCCCGCGAAAGUAACCUUUUGGCACUCUCUAACGAACAUGCAGUUACGGGGAACACGAAGUAGGCUAUGGCCGUAUGAAUGCACGCUCACCCAUCUAUAGCGGCAGGAUGUCGCCCCGCAACCACGGGCACCAUCACAAUUACGGUUAUCCCCAGGGUGCGGCGGGUCCAGCACGUUCGGGCUACGAUAGGCGGCAGAAUUAUGACCCGUAUGCGCAUGGCCAUCGCCCCAACAAUAAUGCCGAAGGGAGCGGACAACCGGCGCAAUACAAUGCGCCUAGUCCUGAAAGUUAUCAGUCGAAGCCGGCGUCAAAUUCCUCCGGACCGGACUCUGAUAUUUCGCACGGGUCGACGGGCGGUCACUCCGCCCAGCCCCGACCCGCGGAUAACUAUGGCUUUGCUGGUGAUCAGGGCUCUGGGCAACCCGAGCUGUUUACCACAUCCGCACAACUCUACGAACCUUUAUCGCCUGGGGCAAAUUGGGAUGCGCCAAAGCCUCGCGCACCACCAACGCCGCCAGCCGAGGCGGAUCAGAAAGCACUUCCCUCGCCACCGCCACCCGCACAGCAACCGGAAUCGAGCGCCGCGGCUGAAAAGAGGAAGAGUUGGUUCAAGCGGAAAAUGAACAAAGGCCAGGCUUGAUUGCUGCCUCUUUUCUUUUUUCUUUUUCGCCCGGUGGAAGGGUUUGUGGUUUGGCUUGGUUUCGGGAUCAUGGUUGAGAACUUUUUUGCUGUUUGAGUGCGAGUGUGUGAGUGCAGCUGUAUUUUAUUCGCGUGCUUUCCCCCUGCAGUGUGUCCGCCUUCAGUCCGAUUUCCCCUCGUUUCCGUUUGCUAUUCGGGCGUGAGGCAGGGGGAUCUGAUGACGCGGUGCUCACUUUCAUGGUGAUCUCGAUGGUGCCGAUAUCUUGGCCGUUCAUUAUCUACCGGAGUUUUUUCAUACAGUGCUGUGCCAUGAGCUACGGAUAAUUGGGGGUUAUUCCAAGGAGCCUCCCCUUUUUUCUUCCUUUUUUCUGCUCUUUUCCUGCUUUUCCUCUUCCCCUUGGAGAGUGGGCUUAACGUGGGUGAGGCGGGGGAAUCGGUAAUGGGGGGUGGGCCCAGGAGUUAUCUUUUUGUUUGUUUCCUGUUAUAUACUGUUUAGGGUGGGAUUCUCGUGUUUUCUUGUUUUUCCUUCACCGAUUGUAUCUUUCACUCUCUUACCACUUUGUCUAUGGGUACCUCAUUUCCAGGAUAGCAUUCUUCUUUUUUUGUUUUCCCCCCCUCCGACGACCUCAUCUUUCGCAUUGGGUUGGAAAGUGUUUGUGUAGCAGCAGACUACAGCACUUUAUGUGCGACAAGUUUAAAAUUAAUAUAGUUUAUCUGGAUUGAGUACCUUCUUCAUGUUUGAGUUGGCGGGGUAUGUUGGAAAUAUUGUACUUUUAUAUAGGCGGCAGAUUAUGUGCUAGAGUGGCUACUAUAUCAUAGUUUUCCAUUACACCUCG